AUGUGGCAGUUGGAUCUGGGGCUCCAGGUGGACCUGGAAAAAGCCCAACUGCCGAACUUGUGGCAGGCCCUGGGCAAGCACCUUUCGUCACACUGGCUGGCUGUUCCCUGGAGAGGAGGAAUGGUUGGAACCAUCUCCUCCUCCCAAGCGCCAAGCUAUGGGUGGCAAAGGCAAGGGCAAGGGACAAAUGGCAGCCCACGGCCCCCCAGUGAGCGCCAAGUGCGGGAUGAUGGACUUCCCUCGUCACCCCCACUUAGCCGAGAGCGUCAGGCCAUUCGGGCCAAUUUGCAUUGGCAAGAGCUGGUCAAAUCUGCCCUGCGUGCGCAUUGGCCGGCACUCCCUGAUAAGCCCUGUGAGGAGCUGGAUUCCCUCAUGUUUGAGGAAGGCGUCACUCCCACUGAGCCCAAUGCCCAAGAGAUCACUGGUGCUUUCAAAGCAACCACUGGCAAGCUCAAGACCCUGGGCAUCCAGAAAGCGGCGUUGGAAGGCCGCAGUGACAAAGCCAAAGCCAGCCUUGAAGCCUUGUAUGGCAGGCAGCGAGAGUUGGACCAGGAGCUGGCUGAUGCCAAAGAUAAGGUUUCAGAUCAAUAUUGGACGGCCGUCCUUGGGAUGGAGGCCAAAACAGAGCCAGAAGUGGGUGAACCCACGGGACAAUCGGAGGAGAUGUUGGAUCACGGAGACAAUCUCACCAAUGAGCAACGAGGAAUCCUGCGGCAGCUCCUGGGACCGACUAGGGCUGACAAGCGCCGGAAGGUUGCUUCCUCUCCAACCGCCAGCCUUGGCUGCUGGAUGUUGAGAAAGUGCCCUUGGACGGGACACAGGCUAAAGCAGCUCCCUCUUCCCCUCCUCCUCGCCUUUAGCCUGCCAUGGUUGCUGCGAGAAGCCCUAGGUGCGCUGCCAGCCGCGAGCCUUGGUGACCUCGAUAGGAAGCGGGGUGGAUUAGAACCUACGGUGCAUAAUGAGGCUACGGAGACUGGCGUGAACUUUCCUAGUUUUGUAAACCCAGGCAGUUUUGCCACAAUACAGCUGAAGACGGCCAAUGUAACCAACUAUAAUGCUGCAGUAGACAGUUGGUUGGAUGUGAUGGCUUGGUCCUCCAUCUUCAAGAAAACUCAUCUCGAUGAAGAGCAGACACAGCAAAAGCAGAAAGUGCCCUCUGUCAAAGACACCAUCAAAGACUUGGGCGUCGAUAAUUCCUUGGCCAGGAAGAGGCAUUUGAAGACUCACAGCACUAGAUUGUCGCGGGGUGGUAGGAGACUCCAAAUGAUUAAGAAAUUGCUUGCGCAAGCACGGCGCAAAUAUGUCAGCAUGUCUGCUGCGCCGGCUGCCCUGUGGGGGCAUAUGGCUUUAGGGGUCCCCCCAAAUAAGCUGAAAGCUUGGCGUUUGUCCGUCGCUCGUACUCAGCAUUGGGUCGGGUCGAGGAUGUCUUGCCAUUGCUAUGGCCUUUAA